GCAAAACGAGGCUACGAAAACGAAGAAAGUUUUCGAUAAACUCAUGGAAAGCCUUUAUCGUAAAAUGUUUAAUGCUUUCUAUCUGAGCGGAAGAAAAUAAAUUAGUUAGAUCAAUAUUUUAGUUAUAAUAUUGUUCAAAUUUCUCGUCAGAGGAAGUGUAUGGUAAUGAAUGAAACAUCUGGGGACGACUGCAUCUGCUGAGUGCUCGGUAGACGAGAGAUUUUAAAGAAAGAAGAUAACUUCCUUGACAUUUAAGUUAUAACUUAAGUUAUCAUGGAAGACGAAACAAACUUUAUGGAGUUUUCUGUGGUUGAUGAAUGUGGAAGUGAUGAAGGAGAUGAUCCUGAUGAUGAAAUACAGGUGCUUGACGAAAUAGGUUCGUCAAAUCCUUCAAAAGAAAGUGACUUAUUUGCUGACAUGGUAGUUUUGGAUAUAAGCACAAGUCCAACAAAGGAGCUUGAAGAGGUAACGGAGAAGUCUCGUAAUUCCCACAGAUCUGAUCGAUCUAAUCGGUAUAGAGACAAGAGAAGUCCUUACAGAGAGAGAUCCAGCGGGGACAAGAGAAGCUCAAAUAGGGAAAGUUCCAGAAAAGAUGAAGAAAAAAGAAGUGAUAGAAGACGAGACAGGAGUAGAUCAAAGGAUAGUAGACAAGACAGGAGUAGAUCAAAGGAUAAGAGACAAGACAGAAGUAGAUCAAAGGACAGUCGAUAUAAAUCAAGUUCAGACAGACGUAGAUGCUCAAGAGAGAAAGAACAAGAGAAAAGUUCUAGUAGUAAAAGGAGCCAAAUUACACCAACUAAGGAAGCAUCCAAAAGAAGCCAGUCGUCAAAACAAACAGAAAAGAGGGAUAUCAAGAGUUCAAUUACAAAAUCCUCUUCAAAGGUGCAUUCAAAAGAAAAUCAGAAAACUGUUAAAGAGAAAGACAGCAAAGAAAAACUUGAAAAAGCUACAGUGGAAAAACCAGAAACAGAUGGAGAGAGCGAAGGGGAAGGGAUUUCAAUAAGUACUGAUGACAAUAUUUUUUCUGGAAUACACGCCUCAGACAUGAAUAAAUCCGACUUUGUUACUUUAACAGUGGUUGAUGAAGAUGAUAUUGAAGAAACAAAUGCCAAAAAAAUCCCUGAAAAGAAAACCACAUCAAAGAGUUCAGAUUCUUACCCAGCAAAAUGUAGAAAGGCAGAUGUGACAGAAAAGACUAAAACCCAGAGUCCUAUAAUCACAGCGAGUGAUGAUAAAAGGAAAACCCAACAAUCGCAAAAAAUCAUGAAAACAGUAAAUAAGCCUGCAUCUAAAAACACUAUACAAGAAAAGGAAAAGGCACCGUUGAAAAUUACAAAUAGAUUGACUGAAAUAUUUAAACCUAAAUCUGACUCUAAUAAAGAGGUUGAGAUGGUGGUGGUGGAAGAUAUUGAUAAACUUGACAAGCCUUCACCCAAACCACGAGCCACAUCUACAUCCCAGCAGAGACCCGCCAAAGAAAACCCCAACAAAUUUAAAGUUACUGAAGAGUUAUUCACUGUGGAAAAUGUUGAAGGUGCUGGAACAAGAAAAGUAACAAAAGAAGACCCAAACAAGUUCAAAGUCACUGAAGAGAUGUUCUCUGUGGAAAAUGUAAAAGAUACUGGUAAGAGAAAACCAACAAAAGAAGAUCCCAACAAGUUCAAAGUCACUGAAGAGUUAUUCACUGUCGAAAAUAUGGACAAAGCCAACAGGGAAGUCAAAAUCAUUGGAGUUGAUGAUUUACUGCUGAAGAAUGCAGAGAAGGAGGAGAGUAAAGAUUCAAGUAACAAAAAAGAGACUUCUGCUUUAAAAGCUGAGGAAUCAAAAUCUGUAAAUAAGGCACAAGUGGUUGUUGUAGAGGACAGUGCAAAGACAAUAAAUCCUCAGAAAAAUCAAGGUGCUUCUCCUCCCUCACCAGUUCAAAGAAAAUCUGUAAGAGAGGUUUCAAGUAAGGUAAAUGUAACAGAGAAAGAAUUGGCUGUGGAAGCCCAAAAGAAGACAGAGCAGGAGGUAAGCAUUGUGAAUGAUGGCAAUUCCCUUGAAAAGAAGGAAGAGAAAGCAAUAACUACUGUGGAGAUAAAGGAUAAGGAAUCUGAGAAUUUGAAGAAAGACGACAUUGUGAAAUUGAAAGAUAAGCCUCUGGAGAAAGAGCCUGAGAAAGAGACAAAAUUGUUUGAGGUUCCUAGUAUUGAUGAAGAAGAAGGAAAAGAAAUGGAAAUUAGUAUUAUGGAUGAUUUAAAUGUAGAAUCUAAAUCAUCAGAAAUAUCAGGAGAAACUGAUGAAGAUGUUAUUGAAGUGAUAUUCAGCAACGGUGAGGAAGAAGAAGAAAUGCUUUUGAAUUCUAAAACAGAAUUUGAGGACAAUUUUUCUAAAGGCACAGAUCAAUCUGACAAUUCAUUCUCAAGCAAACUGGCACAGGACCAAGAAUCUUCCAUUUCUUCUUCCACCAACAGAGAGCCACUGGCAAAAGGAAAUGAGCAGAUAGAUGAAAAUCAGGAUUCUGAUAGCCAUAAUAAAGACAAAAUCCCUUCACCACAGAUAGCAAAUAAUGAACAAAAUGCAGUUCAAGAACAAGAAUUUAAAGAGAUUGAAAGCCCGAUCGAACCUGAUGAUGUAAUUGAAGAUGGAAUGGAAAUCAUUGUGUUAUCGGACACAGAAGAUGAAGAUAGUUACCAUGAACAUGAAAUGCAGUACAAAGAUGAAGAAAACAUUGACCAUAAUGAUAAUGAAUAUGCAGAUACGCUUGCUGAUGAUAAAGACAAAGAUGAAAGUACUGAGAUUGAAAAUACUGGUAGAGAUGCAGAGGUAGACGGGUUCAUAGAAGAUGGUACAGAAAUAACCAUGGAAGAUGAAGGAUCUGGAAUUGAAGCGGGGGAUGAAGACAAUCUAGGAGAAAUUGAUGAAGAUGCUUUCCUUGCAAUGAUGCAGAGUGAGGGUCUGACUGUGGAAGAUGCAGAUGAUGCAGAAGACGAGACCAGAGGAAAUUCAGAACAAGUGGAUGAAGCCACGGAUUCAACACAAUUAAUUAUAACCGUCAGCCAGACAUCGGAAAAGAGGGAUGUCAAGUCCAGCGGAGAUUCCCAGGAAAAGUCAGAGUUAAAGUCGCCUAUUGACAGAAUUUCUUCAAAUCUGGCAAAAAUACGAAAAGAAAUGGAUAAUGCAUCCAAACAGUCCAAGUCAGGUAGCAAAGAAGGAAGCAGUCAUGAGAAGGACGAGGCCAGAAGUUCUAGGGAGAGAAGUAAAGACAGAGGUUCACGUGAACCAAGCAAGGACAAGGAAGGACAAAACUCCAAAUCAAGUGAAGGGGAUCUCAGACAAGUUCUCAAAAACAAAAAAUCCCAGGGCUCCAGAGAUCUCAGGGAUGUAAUAAAAGAGAGAAAAUCCAAGGAGAUUGAUGAUGGAGAACCAGAACAAUGCCUGAGUGAGGAUUCACUUUUGGAAGUUGAUGAAUAUUUUGAAGAAGAGGAGCUGGUGGAGAUCGACACAUUUUACGACGAUUACCAGGAGAAGAAGCUGGAGACGGUGGUUAUUGUAGACGAGACUUUGUUGCCCAAAGAGAAAGAACACUGGGGAUUUGACACAGUGGGAGAAGUUAUGAGACUUCCAAUGAAGAUGACUAAUGUAUCGGUGGAAGAUUUGGGGAGGGAGAGUGCUACAUUUAUGCUGGAGGCCUGUGAUGCUUUCUUUGUAGACCUCAAUAGCGGAGAUGGAGCGUUGUACAUUGACAAUUCGGAGCUGAAGACCAUGCGACCCUUCAUAAUGAUCGGUAAAAUCGCCAAGUUCCUGAAGGAAUGCCCACAUGUUGAUGUGGAGUGUGAUAGAGCAAUUUCCUUUCUGUUAGAGGAGAAGUUGAAGGCUGUCGGCAUAAAGAAAAAGAAUCAAAUCCCAAAGAGAGGAUUGCUGUAUAUUCGUGGAAUACCAAAGCAUAUAUCUGAGGAGAAACUGGCUAAUUCUCUUAAGGCUAUCGAAGCCAUUAUACCCAAAAAUCUCAUGGAUAAAAGAAUAGGGUUUGCUAUGGUGGUCUACAACACGACAGAGGAAGUGAAGAAGUUCCUAGCCACGCUGAAGAUCUUUGACAAGACCUGCAUCAGCUACCAGGAAAUUGCCAAGAAACGUAAAGGACUCUUCAGAGAGCUACAGGAGCAUCCAGAGGCAAAGGAAGCUCUGCUGGAUGGAGACACACAGCUGCAAGUGCAUAAACGACAGGUUGAAGCACGGAAGAGACUGAUGGCCAUACAGGAGCAAAUCAUGAAGAAAAACAAAGAAAAGGUCAAGAAAACACGGAACAAAAAGCUACAGAAACAGAGGGAGCGUCAGAAGGAGAAAGAAUUACGAAGUCUGAUGAUGAGAGCAAAGAAGAUAAUGGAAGAAGAAGGCCUGGAGGAAAACCUGGAGAUUGUCACAGAUACAUUUCCAGGGAAGUACAACAAGGGAAGAAGUAUGGAAGAGCAUGAGCAGCUCAGGAGUCCUCUGAAAAACGCAGAGCUCAAGACGGCAACAUGGAUUGUUCCGAUAGAGGGCAGUGUAAGAGAUGCAGACUACAACAGACUGAGGAGAGAGGUUCUGGACGAGCUGAAAGAUGAUAUCAGUAAUGGUAGAUUUAAGCACCAAAAUCAUCUUGAGGAUGCUAUAAGGAAGGGUAUAGAGGCGAAGAGGAAAGCAGAGGCCAGAAUUAGGCUGACCAGAUGGGGCAGUGGGGGAGUAGGGGGUGUGGUACAGACAUCUCAACCAGGUGGGACAGGGGAGGUGUAUUCCAUCAAUCAGUUCAAAGAGGAUUUUAGGAAGACCAGAGUCAUGGUUCAAGGAGUUCCAAUGCCAGAUUCUAGUCUGCCCAACAUGGUGCCAGAUAGUAUUGAAAUUAUGAUUCCAGUCCAAGAGGGUUCUCUUCCCAUGCAGGGUAUGCAAGGUCAAACACAUAUGAUGCCCAUAGGAAGUCAGGUUUUGCCUGCUCCUCUCCAAAUGGUGCCCAGACCUGACAUUUCAAGCAGCCAGGUUCCUAUAAGCAGCAUUCCUGGUGUUCCAACUCUGGCUUCUGUGCAACAACCAUUUCCCCUCUCACAAGCUCCACAGAUGACAAUGGCCUCUGUCCAGCAACCAUAUCUGCAAUCACAGGCUCCACACAUGACAAUGACUUCUGUCCAGCAACCAUAUCCACAAUCACAGGCUCCACAGAUGACAAUGACUUCUGUCCAGCAACCAUAUCCACAAUCACAGGCUCCACAGAUGACAAUGACUUCUGUCCAGCAGGCUCCACAGAUGACAAAUAUCUCUGUCAAUCAAGCAUUUCCACAACUACAGGCCCCAUACAUUCAAAAUUUUCAACACCAUCCUCCCAGGCCACCUGUGAGUAACUAUGUUCAGACAACUAGGGCUCCAAUGCCUGUUCCUUCAACCAUUGGACAACAGGUUCCCAUAAUGCAGGGAAUGCAGCAAGGAGGAGUGGCCAUGCAACCUCGUGGUGUAGGAGGCACACUGCAAAGACCCCCAACUGGACUCCCAAUGCCAGGGUUAUCACAGCCAGGACUUGUAGGUUAUCCAGGCUCCAGGCUCCCUGGUGCAGUUCCACCUGGUAACAUUGCUCCUCGGCCUGUUCCAAUCAGCAAUCCUCCGGGCACAGUUCCUAGGGCACCUGUUCCACAGGCACCUAUUCCAAGGGCCCCAGUCCCAGUUGUUAACCCUGUAACACCAUCUGUCAUUCAAUCCCAACCAGUUCUGUAUAAACCUCCCACAUCUAAUGCACCAACUGCUGGUCCGACAAAUCCAACAAAGAAACCUGUGGAUGAUGCACAGAACAGAAAUAAUUCCCAGCAAGAAAAGUCAAACAAGGAUGAUAGAGUUUCAGACACACAAUCCAGAUCCAAGGGAAGAGAAAAUGCACCAGCAAUUAAGAUUAACGUCGGAAGUCAAUUCUCCAGGAAGUCAAUGCAGAUUCUGAAGCGAAAGAAUGAAGACAUUGAUGGAAUGCCAAUGUCAGAGGGAAAUUCAGCUAAGAAAUCAAAAACAGAUGAAGUAGGACCGAAAUCAAUUUUAAAGAAAGAUGAGCAACAAGGGAAGAUUGACAUGUUUGAAACAGAGGCAGGGAAUUCUAAAAGCAGUGGAUGCAAAACCACUCCCAGCCAGUCCAGUGAGUCUCAGUUUAAAAGGAAAGGGAAUCUCAUCAGUGUUCCAAUUCAGCAGGGAACCGUUCAGCAGCAGAGGACUACAUCAAAGCCAGCACAGCAACAGGAGGUUGGCAAGAAGAUUCAAGUUUUACAGAACAGGAUAGCUCAGAAAUUCCCAUCAGCCGUUUCCAAAAAGGCCUCAGAAGAGCCUCCUCAAGAGGACACAGAACAUGGCAACGUGUCUCCUCAAACUCUGUCCUACCUGAGAUCUCACCAAGUGAGCCAGCAGAAAACAUCCUAUUCUUCCAGUGAAUCAGAGGAUGACUCGACAGAUUUCAUGCAGAGGCUGAAGGGCCCGGAGGGCCUCAUGUCACUGAUGGAUGUGGAUGUGUCUGGUGUUCAGCCCAGCGGUCAGGGCAUUCAGGACAUGCUCAAGAAAUGGGACUAUCUGGCUGAGAAGCAGAAACUUCAGAGAGAAAAAGAGAAACUAGCAAGAAAAGAGGCAAAACUGAAGAAGUUCAUGGAGAAAGCACCCAUUCUUAUGCAAGAAUAUGAAGAAAAUGAGAGAAAAAGACAAGAGAAGAGGAGAGCCCAGGAGAAUGAUCCUUUAAUAAAACUGUUACAGUCAGCUCUUGAAGCUGCUCAGGAAAAGGCAAAUAAGAGACGCUCGCCCUCACCGGUCCUCACAGACAACGAGGAGGAGGACAUGUCCUUGUCUGAGGAUGAGGAGAAAACCUCAGCCAGCGGAGAGUUCAUCAUCGACUAUGGACACAGGUCUCUGACUGGACAAAAAGAUAAGCCACAGAAAUUGACAAGGAGGCAGAGAAGAGAAAGGAGAAUGGAUCAGAAAAAAGCAGAAAUGGAGUACAGAAAAAAGAUGGAGAGUGAAAAAGGCCAGAAGUCAACAAGUGAGAAAGACUCCAGAGAUGAAUUGACAGACAUGCUGAAAUCUUCCUUAAAAGCUGUGCAAGAUCAUCUCGAUGAAAUGAAGAAACAGAAGCCUCAGUCCCAGCAGGAGCAGGCAUCCCAGAAUCCAUUCCUGCAGGACCUAAUGUCUCGAGUCCACACUCACAUUCAAGCUCAACAAGGCGGAGGCGGCACUUCUACAGCUCAACCGGGCCCACAGCCUGGAGCCGCUACAUCAUCAGGACUUCCCCAGAAAUCAUUCACUCAGACUUCAACUGUCACCAGUAUGGAAGCUGGAUCCAGGGGGCCGGGAACCAGCUGGGCCUCUCAGAUGCAGCCCCAACAUGGAGGACCCGUUUCCAUCACUCCUUAUGUACCUUUGUCUAGCAGUGUGUCCAACUUGCCCUCUAAUACAUUUGAAUAUGGCCAUAGCAGUAAGAGUGUACAGCCAAGCUGGGCUGGAGGAUAUGGAGGCGAUUUCAGGGCUGAAGUGUCAUCUGCUGCUCAGGAUCAAAUGGGGGAAAAGCCUGUUCAGGAGAGGACAGAGGUGUUUGAUUAUGGGCACAAGUCAAAAUCUGAAACAAAAGGGAAUCCCCCAGCUUCUACAAAAGACACUGCAACUGCAUCCUCUACCCAGCCACAGUCCCAGACUGACAUCCACAGCUUGACGAUUGAGAGCAUCAGUGAAAUUUUACAGGUGGCCAAAACCCUACAAGCUUCACAGGCCAAAAUUAAGGAUACCAUAGGAAAACCAAACACCACUGCACAACAGCAGAAGGUUACUCAGGAAAACUUGAAGAGGAACAGUGUUGGUGAACUUCUGAAAAACAUCUCACAGAGUGGCGGUAACAGUUCACAAAGCAAUAAAGGUCCCGGGAACAAGAGUGUGUCUGGCCAGGCUUCCUCUGGUCCUACUGGGACUAGAAUGCACUUCCAUGGAAAUCAAGGGAAAAAUCAAAAAGCUCCAUAUGUCGGACAUCAAGGGAAUCAGAACAAUUUACAAUCAAACAAUGCUGCACCACAGCAGAACAGAGAGAAGUCGGAGUCCCCGCCUGUAGAGAUGUUUCUGGGAAUGGAGGGAUCCAGGUAUGAGCGACAGAAACAAAGAGAAGAGGAAGAAAGGCGAAAGAGGAUGGAGAAAAAUUCACCUGUUGGAAACUUUGGCAGGCAGCAAAGUAGGGGAAAUAAUAGUUCCUCUCUUCAGGGAGUGGGAAGAGGAUCGGCUCUCCCUGGUGGACGGUCGUCUUCUUCAUCAUUUGGUUCAGGGCAACGGAAUUCCAACCAAUCGGCUUUUGGAUCAGGUGGUUCACAUUCACAGCAACAUUCCCAACAGCAGAACAGGCAAGGUCAUAAUCAAAACAGACAAGGGCAGAACACAAUGAAUAUGUCCAGUCAUAACACAAUGAAUAGACCAGGACAAAACACAAUAGGUGGUUUUGGUCAAAACACAAUGAACAGACCAGGGCAAAACAUGAAUAGACAAGGGCAAAACAAUAUGGGUGGAAGAGGGCAAAACAUGAUGAAUAGACCAGGGAAUAAUGCAAUGGGUGGGUCAAGUCAAAACACAAUGAAUAGACCUGGGCAAAACAGUCAAAUCAGCCCUGGACAAAUGCAAAGUAGGCCUGGGCAACCACAGCAACAAAGAUACCCGGGUAUGUCCCAGUCAUCCAUGCAGAGUAAAAGAGAUGCCGAGUCUAUAACAGAACUGAUGACGGAGAAUGAACUUCAGUCCUGGGAGAACCUGCAGAGACAACUACGGCAGUCCUACCUGGAGGAUCAGAUAUCUGGACCCACAAUGUCUGCCUACGACCAGCGACUGAAGCAGAGCAAUCAGCAGGCUGCAUCUUCACAAAACCAACCCCAGGCUGGUUCUCUUGACUGGUUCCAGCAAUCCAAACAACUACAAAUGCAGGACAGACUGAGAAGACAGGCAGCUCCAAAGGGAAUCCUCAAAGGAGCACCAACUAAAGCAAGUAAGAUUUGGGCAGAAGAAGACAUGGAGUUCCAUUCAACAUCUCAACAAGUAGCAAACUGGGGUCAAGGUGCUAAGUCCUUCAACCAGGGCAACAAGGGACCUAACUCCACUCUAGUGCAUUAUGCUAAUUCAGACUCGGACUGACUGAAAUAACUGGAAAUUUCCAGUGAUUUAAUUAAAUGGGUUGUUUUUAAUUUCAAAGUGAGGUUACCAUAACGUUGAAGAGAAACAUGAAAGUGUUUGAAGAUCUUACUGUAUGAUUUUUGAAUUUACAUGUGAAAAUCAGUUUUGUACAUACUGGUAAUUCUUUUUAGCAUGGGUCUUAAUUUACAUGUAUUUUUUUUCUAAAGAAUACAAGAUGAGCAAAAGAUUUUGUAAAUAUGUAUGAAAUAGAUAAAAUGUUGUGAAAUUAAUUUUAUACAGAAGUGAAAUUGAUUUUAAUAAUGCCUAACACCCUGUAUUUGUGCCAUUUUCAUAUUUAAUCAUGUGAAAAAUUCUUGUUGAGUUUUCCGGGCUCUUGAUUUGUUACCGAUAUACAUUUGUUGAUUUUAUUGUUAGUUUAUUUGAAUUUUUCAUAGAGGUUUCCCUUAUCUUUGGAACAUUUAGAUGAAUUAGCCACCAGAAAAUACAGUAAUAUCACUAUAAGAUGCAUGUGAUCUAGUUUCUGAAGGAAAAAAACCUGAUAAUUGAUUAUUAUCUUUAUUAUCCGUGCAAUUAAUUUGCAUUAAAAUCAUCCGUCUAAGAUUUGUUGUAAAUUGAAUGUUUUAAAUAAAAGAUAUAAAUAUGAA